CACAUGACUACACGUUACCUUACUUAGCCUUAUAGCUGGGCCUGUCGAUCUCCCAUCUGAGGGAGAUUUACUUAUAUCAGCAAGUGCACGCGGGGCUAUGCUUUGCAACCAACCAUGACAUCCGCGCAGACCAAAGCCCUCACACCCGUCGAGAUCCUCGAGAACAUUCUUCUUCAGGUGGAUAUCCAGUCCCUCCUGACAUCCGCCCAGCGCGUCUGUCACGCAUGGCACGACCUCAUCUCCACGCCUGCCCUGCAAAAACACCUCUUCUUGACCCCGGACUGGAAUCGACCGCAACCAGAGCGCAACCCGCUCUUGGUCCAUAUCUUCCCGGGCUGGUUCAUCGCUGGCCAAAUUGCCCAUGGUGAAUACCGGGAGAAGAUCGGGCGCGACGGUAUCAACCCCCGCUGGGAUUUGACGCAACCCGAGCAGAAGGCCUCUUUCAUCCGGAAAGAAGCCAGCUGGCGGCGCAUGCUCGUGCAGCAGCCUCCGAUCCGGGAGUUAUUUUCUUUCGACAUAAAGCAAAACCGAGGCGGGGAAUGGAUCGAUGGUGUAUCUUAUACCGAGUUCGAUGAUGAGGAUGAAGACGAGGAUGAUGCUGAUGAUGCUGAUGCUGAUGAUGCUGAUGCUGAUGAUGCUGAUGCUGAUGAGGCUGAUGCCGAUGCUACUGAUGUUCCUACUCCUGCUGCUGCUGCUGCUGCUGAUGAUGAUGUCGAUGACGAUGACGAUGAUGGUGGUGGGGAAGAUCUUUCGCCCUUCAUAGUUGGCCAACCGACGGAGCCUCUGCGAAUGGGGAAGCUGGUAGAGGAGGCCCCUAGUACCUCUGACUAUAUCGAGGUUCUUUGGAGUAUCAAGGACUAUCGACUUCACCGUUCUAUGUUCAUUCGCAUCAGGAAGCGAGAUGUUCGGAUGCUGCGCAGUGCACUCAGGAGGAGUGGAAUGAUUGUGAUCAUGAAAGCGAUCGUGCAAUGUGCCAUGGGGGUUCCACCUCCGCAGCUAGCAUGGAGGGCAAGCCAGAGGCGCUGGUGGGCGGGGGUUGAAGAGCCUACGAGACGCGAUAGGGGCCAUCUAGCCAAGAGGCAACGUUGCAGUUAACUUAAAGGUGGUGAUAUCAUCAAACAUCACCAAUCUCUGAGAUAAACUUGACAUACUGGCAAGAGGCUCAAGCUGUGUGCACUGCCGGAAAGACAAGGACACAAUGUAUUAGGAGUUCAUGACGCCUGGAUCCUGUUGAGGGAUCAUACGACAACUCCACCGCGGCCGUUGCAGAUGGCCCACCGCGUGGUGACCGAGUCGCAGCAAACAGUGGCUAAUGUAGCGUGUGAGGUUCGAGAGGAUGGAAGGCUGGCAUGGUCUCGACGAGGUCGG